GCAGGAGGAGCGGCAGCUCAGCUCCGUGGGUUCAGUCGGCAGCCGUCCACAUAGCUGUCUAUAUUCCCCUUUUCUUAAAUUAGCCACUUUAAGCUUCGCGAUACCGCCCCCAAUUUCAGCGUCGGUACGGAGCCGCCAGGCCGGGACAGAGACGGAGAGAGAGGCCUCGGCCAUGGAAGCGCUCGGACCCGGGCCACCAGCCCCAACCUCUCUCUUCCAGCCUCCACGUCGUCCCGGCCUUGGCACGGUGGGGAAACCCAUCCGGCUCCUUGCCAACCACUUCCAGGUGCAGAUUCCCAAGAUUGAUGUCUAUCACUAUGAUAUCGACAUCAAGCCUGAGAAACGGCCUCGGAGGGUCAACAGGGAGGUGGUGGACACCAUGGUGCGGCACUUCAAGAUGCAGAUCUUUGGAGACCGACAGCCUGGGUAUGAUGGGAAGAGGAACAUGUACACAGCACAUCCACUGCCUAUAGGAAGAGACAGGGUGGAUCUGGAGGUGACACUGCCUGGCGAGGGGAAGGAUCAGACGUUCAAGGUGUCUUUGCAGUGGGUGUCUGUGGUCAGUCUUCAGAUGUUGCUUGAAGCUCUGUCCGGUCACCUAAACGAAGUCCCCGAAGACUCUGUUCAGGCUCUGGACGUCAUCACACGACAUCUGCCUUCCAUGAGGUACACUCCAGUGGGGCGUUCCUUUUUCUCCCCUCCGGAGGGAUAUUAUCAUCCUCUGGGUGGAGGCAGGGAGGUGUGGUUUGGUUUCCAUCAGUCUGUCCGUCCAGCCAUGUGGAACAUGAUGCUCAACAUCGAUGUGUCCGCCACUGCUUUCUACCGUGCUCAGCCUGUGAUAGAGUUCAUGUGCGAGGUGCUGGAUAUCCAGAACAUCAACGAACAGACCAAACCACUGACUGACUCGCAGCGUGUCAAAUUCACCAAGGAAAUAAGAGGCUUAAAAGUUGAGGUCACACAUUGUGGUCAGAUGAAGAGGAAGUAUCGUGUGUGCAAUGUCACACGUCGACCUGCCAGCCACCAAACGUUCCCCUUACAACUCGAGAACGGCCAAGCCAUGGAGUGCACAGUAGCUCAGUAUUUCAAGCAGAAGUACAAUCUGCAGCUCAAGUAUCCACAUUUACCCUGUCUCCAAGUAGGGCAGGAACAGAAGCACACUUAUCUUCCCCUGGAGGUCUGCAACAUCGUGGCAGGCCAGCGCUGUAUCAAGAAACUGACAGACAACCAAACAUCCACCAUGAUUAAAGCGACAGCUCGUUCAGCCCCCGACAGGCAGGAGGAGAUCAGCAGACUGGUCAAAAGCAACAGCAUGGUCGGGGGCCCAGAUCCAUACCUGAAAGAAUUUGGCAUUGUGGUGCACAAUGACAUGACGGAGGUGACCGGUCGUGUUCUCCCAGCUCCCAUGCUGCAGUAUGGGGGCCGGGUGAGUACAGACACAGGGAGGGACUGUGGCAGGGGACUCUCUCCGCAGAAUAAAACCGUGGCCACACCCAAUCAGGGUGUGUGGGACAUGAGAGGGAAGCAGUUCUACGCCGGCAUUGAGAUCAAGGUGUGGGCCGUGGCCUGCUUCGCUCCACAGAAACAGUGUCGGGAGGACCUGCUCAAGAGCUUCACUGACCAGCUACGGAAGAUCUCAAAGGAUGCUGGGAUGCCCAUUCAAGGCCAGCCCUGUUUCUGUAAAUACGCCCAGGGAGCUGACAGCGUGGAGCCCAUGUUCAAACACCUCAAACUGUCUUAUGUAGGUCUGCAGCUGAUUGUGGUCAUCCUUCCUGGCAAAACACCGGUGUACGCCGAGGUAAAGCGUGUGGGCGAUACUCUCCUCGGCAUGGCCACCCAGUGUGUCCAGGUGAAGAACGUAGUGAAGACGUCGCCUCAGACACUCUCUAACCUCUGCCUCAAGAUCAACGCCAAGCUGGGAGGCAUCAACAACGUCCUGGUGCCUCAUCAGAGGCCCUCUGUGUUCCAGCAGCCGGUCAUCUUCUUAGGAGCUGAUGUGACGCAUCCACCAGCAGGUGACGGGAAGAAGCCGUCCAUCGCGGCAGUGGUGGGCAGCAUGGACGGCCACCCCAGCAGAUACUGUGCGACAGUGCGUGUCCAGACUUCUCGACAAGACAUAUCCCAGGAGCAGUUCUUCAGCCAGGAGGUAAUCCAAGACCUGACCAACAUGGUGCGGGAGCUGCUCAUACAGUUCUACAAAUCCACGCGCUUCAAGCCCACACGCAUCAUCUAUUAUCGUGGCGGUGUGUCUGAGGGACAAAUGAAACAGGUGGCAUGGCCAGAGCUGAUAGCCAUCCGUAAAGCAUGUAUCAGUCUGGAGGAGGAUUAUAGACCGGGCAUUACCUACAUCGUGGUCCAGAAACGCCACCACACUCGGCUCUUCUGCUCCGACAAAGCCGAGAGGGUUGGGAAGAGUGGUAAUGUCCCAGCCGGCACCACGGUGGACAGUACCAUCACACACCCGUCCGAGUUUGACUUCUACCUGUGCAGCCAUGCUGGGAUCCAGGGAACCAGCCGUCCCUCCCACUACCACGUCCUGUGGGAUGACAACUGUUUCACGGCCGACGAGCUGCAGCUCCUCACCUACCAGCUGUGCCACACCUACGUCCGCUGCACUCGCUCCGUCUCCAUCCCGGCGCCGGCCUACUACGCCAGACUGGUGGCUUUCCGAGCCCGCUAUCACCUGGUGGACAAAGACCAUGACAGUGCUGAAGGCAGCCACGUGUCGGGCCAGAGUAACGGUCGGGACCCUCAGGCUCUGGCCAAGGCGGUUCAGAUCCACUAUGACACCCAGCACACCAUGUACUUCGCCUGAGCUCUCAGGCCCAUCAACCAGUCCACCUGCGGAUUCCCUACUUUGUUUCUGUCUUUUUAUUUCUUAUUUACCAGUCUGUGUCUCGCUUGUUUCCUCCCAUAUCUCUCUCUCUCUCUCUCUGUCUCUCUUUUUGUAGUCCAUCUCCUUCUCUUCAUCGUCACUCUACAUUUUCUGAAUCUGCACCAAAGCGGCUCUUGGACGAGAGAAUCUGUCGCGACUCCUUUUUUGUCCCGCAGUUUCUUAUUUUAUUUUAAUUUUUUUAUAUAUAUAUAUACGGAACAAUUUCCAACCAGCGUUCCCAGUCGAGCCGCCUUUCUAACCAGCAAUCCAGCACUGUGAGCCUGUAAGACGGUUCACGGUGCGCAAAAAAAGAAAAGAAAAAAAAAAAACGUGAAAAAACAAAAACAAACCAUACAU